AUGUAUGACAAAGCAGAACGACCUGUGGGCCUCAGGUUCCUAUCUGAGCAUAAACGAGAGGCUGUGGAGAAGACAUCAAGUUCCUGGAAGAACCUGGAGACCUAUCGCUAUGACAAAUACCACCCCAUGGAGGAGAUUUAUCAGUGGAUGAACCAGAUAAGUGAGAAGUACAAAGAUGUGGUGACACAGCAUUUCCUAGGAAUGACAUAUGAGAAUCAGUCCAUGAAUUAUUUGAAGAUUAGCCAAUCCUCAAACAAUUCCAAAAAGAUGGUGUGGAUGGACUGUGGCAUUCAUGCCAGGGAGUGGAUUGCCCCAGCUUUUUGUCAAUGGUUUGUAAAAGAAAUUCUACAGAACUACCGAGAAAACCCAAGAAUAAGCAGAUUUCUUAGGAACCUGGACUUCUAUGUGCUUCCAGUUCUUAACAUAGACGGUUAUAUCUACACUUGGACCACUAAUCGUAACUGGAGGAAAUCCCGGUCAUCCCAUAACAAUGGCACAUGCUUUGGGACGGAUCUCAACCGAAAUUUCAAUAUAUCUUGGUGUAGUGUUGGUGCCUCUAGAAACUGCCAAGAUUUGACAUUCUGUGGAACAGGACCUGUAUCCGAACCAGAGACAAGGGCUGUGGCCAGCUUUAUAGAAAACAAGAAGGAGGACAUCCUGUGUUUCUUUACCAUGCACUCCUACGGGCAGCUCAUUCUCACCCCUUAUGGCUACACCAAAAAUAAAUCAAGCAACCAUGAAGAACUGAUUCAAGUUGGAGAGAAGGCAGCAAAUGCACUGAAAGCAAAACAUGGGACAAAUUAUAAAGUUGGCUCCAGUGCAGAUAUUUUAUAUGCUACAUCAGGAUCUUCAAGAGACUGGGCUCGGGACAUUGGGAUCCCCUUUUCAUACACAUUUGAGCUCAGAGACACUGGAGAACACGGCUUUGUACUGCCAGAUGAUCAGAUCCAGCCCACAUGUGAGGAGACCAUGGAAGCUGUGCUCUCUGUGUUAGAUGAUGUGUAUAAUAAAUACUGGUCCUCAAACAGUGCUGGGAAGGUCACCUCUACCACUGCAGGGCUGACCCUGCUAACACUCUUCUUUACUUUAAGAGCACUGGUGGCAUAA